AUGGGAUUGGGAGUCUAUCGAGGCGAGCAUGCAACAACUCCUCCAUUCAAUGCUGAACUAAUUAUUGAGAUAGUCUAUUUGAGCCCAUUGACCAAAUAUUCUGGCCCUAAACUAGCUGCCCUAACCACCCUGUAUCAGGCCUACUACGAUAUUUAUCACACAGGCCAGUUCUUCAAAAAACUGGACAAGCUGCACCAGGAAUAUGGUCAAAUUGUCCGCAUCAACCCGCAUGAGAUUCAUGUCAACGACCCCGACUUCGCCGACGUCCUUUUCACCGGCAACUCCCAGCGCCGAGACAAGUACAAAUGGCUGGAGCGAUCAAUUCUGCAAAACUUCAACGGUGACCGGUUUGCGGCUGUCGAUGCCAUGUUCGGUCUGGCGUGGACCCUGAUGAACAUGCUGCCGCUGUCGAUUAUGGGAUUGUUGUAUCCUGGUCUAAUCUUGAUCGAGGAAAUUUGGGCGAGCAAAGAAAACGCCGACGGGGCCGAUGCCAUGAUGUUCCAUGGGAUCUUGAACAGUGAUCUGCCGCCGGAAGAGAAGACCACGUAUCGGCUGCGACAAGAAGCCCAAAUGGUAAUUCUCGCGGAUUCUCGCGGGACAAGACAGCAGAGCUCGGGUGUGGGGAGCCCAGCAAAAACCCAUGAUAAGAAAUCAACCAUUGCUGCAGCUUGUACACUCAGCGCUAUCACUUAUGAGCUCCUAGCCAACCCAGACAAGCUCAAGAAACUCAAAGCCGAGCUCGCCGCCGCACUUCCUGACCCGAACAGCGUGCCUUCACUGGCGACCAUUGAGAAGCUCCCCUCUCUGAAUGCGGUCAUCGCCGAAUGUCUUCAAGUUCACCCGGGGGCUGGCUUGUAUGACCCGCGUGGCUCCGGACAACACCAUGGUGUACCACGACAAGGCUGCUGGUUUAACCUUGCCUAUGCGGAGCUGUAUAUUGUGCUGGCGGGAAUCUUCCGCAAGUAUGACCUUGACGAUGGCUCAGGUAAACAGAUUGGCCCCACGCUGGCUUUGUAUGACACUACUCGAGAGCGCGAUGUGGAUGCGGUUAUUGACCUGCUCGUGCCUUUUCCUGCCGAAGGAAGCAAGAAGCUGGCCAAUCCAAGUUUCAAGCAGACACCAAGUUGUCGAGAGUGGCUCUUGUCGUCCACAGUAGCCAUAUUCUGCCACCCAACACCGCCCCAACCUGCGCCAUGGCAGCUCAGCGACCAGUCGGACUCUGCGUAUCCAUUCAAUGCUCUGCCAGGCUACCAAGCGCAUUGCCCCGAGUGCCUAGCCGAGAUAACAUCAUCCACGGAAACUAAAGUCCCAAGAAAGCGUCUUCUGAGCAACUCGUCUCCUGAACCGGAAUUUUCCUUUUUCGCGCGACAGCAAAAGCUGACCUUCUAUGUACUCUUUUGCGACUACUGCGAUGUCUACCUUACGCAUGACUCGAUGAGCGUGCGCAAGGCGCAUAAUGCUGGCCGGAACCAUUUGAGGAACGUUGUGGAGUAUUAUCAACAAAUCGGCCAGGAAAAGGCACAGUCGGUCAUUGAUUCGAUUACCUCGUCCUACGCCGCGGAGGGCCAGCCUUUGCCCAAUCCUGCUAUGGUGCCGCCAGGAGCGUUUCCGCCGCCGUUUGGCUUUCCCGGCCGACCCGGUCAAGUGCCGCCUCCUCCCUUCGGAAUUCCGCCGCCAGGUGCUCCAGGCGCACCAGGACUGCCGCCUCAUACCUUGUUUUUCAACAGCCCCAGGCGGCCGCGGUCUCCCAUUCAUGCCGCCCUUCCCCAAUGCCUCCGGAACCCCGCCCACGGGAGGUUUCCCCCCGCCCCUCCCCAACAUGCCCCCAGGCGGCGCAGCCUUCCCCCUCCGCCUGGCGGCCUCCCGCCAAACUUCCCCGUGCCCCCGCCGGGCGCCGGUGCCUUCCCUCCCCCGCCGAUGCCCGGCCAGCCUGGUAUCAGCCCGAGUCCCGGCCCCGGCCCCGGUGCUCCGCCCGGCGCGUCGAACUCUCCUGUCCCGACGGGCCCGCGCGCGUCCGAAGGGUAUGGCCCGCCGCCGGGGAGGGGAGACCGGUGGUGA